AUGACGUACUUCAACACCAGUUCCACAGGGUUCAGCCCCCGAGGGGGGGGACGCGGCGGCUUCCGGGGGGGCCGAGGAGGUGGGUUCCAGCCCCGGGGCGGGGCCCGAGGGGGCGGGGCCGGCCCGAGGGGGCGUGGCCGAGGCGGCGCAAGGGGCGGGGCCAGAGGAGGGAGGGGCGGAGCCUCCCGAGGCGGCUUCCGGGGGGGCAAGAAGGUGACGGUGGAGCCACAUAGGCACCCAGGGGUGUUCAUCUGCCGGGGCCGGGAGGACGCGCUGGUCACCCGCAACCUGGUGCCUGGAGAGUCUGUCUAUGGGGAGAAGAGGAUCUCAGUGGAGGACGGGGAUUCCAAGGUGGAAUAUCGCGCCUGGAACCCGUUCCGCUCCAAACUGGCCGCGGCCAUACUGGGAGGCAUCGACCAGAUCCAUAUCCAGCCUGGAGCCAAGGUCCUGUACCUGGGAGCUGCAUCCGGGACAACCGUAUCCCAUGUGUCCGACAUCGUGGGGCUGGAGGGUCUGGUUUACGCUGUGGAAUUCUCCCAUCGCUCCGGUCGGGAUCUCAUCAACGUGGCCAAGAAGAGGACCAACGUGAUCCCAGUCAUCGAGGAUGCUCGGCACCCCCACAAGUACCGCAUGCUGAUUGGGAUGGUGGAUGUCAUCUUUGCGGAUGUGGCCCAGCCGGAUCAGACCCGGAUCGUGGCGCUCAAUGCACAGCACUUCCUACGGAGGGGGGGGCACUUCAUCAUCUCCAUUAAGGCCAACUGCAUAGACUCAACAGCCGCUCCCGAGGCCGUGUUCGCGGGGGAGGUUCGGCGCAUGGCGGCUGAGAGGAUGCGGCCCCAGGAGCAGCUGACGCUGGAGCCCUAUGAGAGGGACCAUGCGGUGGUGGUGGGGGUGUACAGGCCCCCCCCAAAGGAGAAGUGACGUCACCUCCUCCCCGCUCCGGCACCCCCUUCGGAGGGGGCGUGGCCAGCAGAGGCCCCGCCCCCUCCGGCCCUUCCCUUCAGGGGGUGUGGCCACAGUUGGCCCCACCCCCUCCCCGUGUUUUGGGUUGAAUUCUCGCGAUUUUAGGGUUUUUUUGGGGGGGGGAGGGCUCGAAAAUAGGGAUUUGAUAGAAAAAUAAAGGGGAAAAACCCA